ACCAUCGCCUUGGGUAUGGUUACCCCAUUUUACAGAAAAAGAAAUGGGCCUGGAGAGGUUAAAUGGCUUUCCAAAGGAUACACAGCCUAGAUUCCAACCAAGUCUGUCUGCCCUUGCUGCCCACACUCUCCCCAUUAGGGACACUGCCUCUUGGGAACCCUCUACGAUUCCAUUUUUUGUGGUACCCGCAUCAAUUUUAGAUGGGGUAGGACGGUACAAUUCUGUGCUAUCUAAAGAAUUCCUAGCCUCACAGUUGGGCGUGAGGAGUGGGAGAGUUUGCCUCAUGGCUGGGUAGGGUCCUAGUUCUUUUUAGACACUUGAGUAAUUUAACCAUAAAUAACUGGGCACUGGGAACAGGACACUAACUAAUAAAAGCAUAGCCUGGAGUCAUGUUCGAUAAAAAAAAAUUCAAGUCACUGAGUGGGUGGAUGUAUCUGCAAAACAAAAGAAAAGCCCCUUUCCCAGCCCAAGCAGAGAAGUCUCCUGUACAGUUAAGAGACAACAGGCUUCUGGGCACGUAGCCAAGGUUCUGGGGAUAUUUAUAACUUGAAGAGGGUGGGAGUCCCUAAUAAGCUGCUAUAUUCUUUUUCCAUCACUUCCCUCUCCAAGGCUACAGCGAGCUCAGAGCUCUUCCCCACGCAGAAUGCCUGCUUUCCCCAGUCCUCGGCUUCCAUUGUCUAAUUUUCUCAUCCUGGCUGGGGAGAGGAAAGGCUGCAAGUCCUUCCGUUCGGAGGAACUCCAAUUGAAUGCAGCUUAGCUGCUGGUGGUGUUUCUUGGCUAGCUGCUGUGCUCUCAGGGAUCUGCCUAUGAGCCUGUGGUUUCUCUGAGUUGCCUAAGAGUCUGAGCUCUCGGGAAUCUGCGAGUCUUUGGGAUCUGCCUACGAUCUCUGGGCUUUGCCUGCAAGUCUACGGAUUGGAGAGCUACCCGCAGGUCUAUCCGGGAUCUGCCAGAGAUCUCUAGAACCUUUCCGAACGCCUUAAGUCUCAGAGAACUCUGCCUGCGGAUCUGGAAUCUGUUCGAGGCCUCUCGGAUCUUGGAGCCGCUGAUCCAGCGGAUUUUUUGCGGGCCAGGUGCGCUGUCUGCUAGCUGCUUUUCCUGCUCUCUCUCCCGGGAGGCGGAUCCUUGAGCCCGAGAUGGCAGCCACCCUGCUCAUGGCUGGGUCCCAGGCACCUGUGACAUUUGAAGACAUGGCCAUGUACCUCACCCGGGAGGAGUGGAGACCUCUGGACCCUACACAAAGGGACCUUUACAGGGAUGUUAUGCAGGAGAAUUAUGGAAACGUUGUCUCUUUAGAUUUUGAGAUCAGGAGUGAGAAUGAAGUGAAUCCAAAACAAGAGAUUAGUGAAGAUGUGGAAUUUGGGACCACAUCUGAAAGACCUGUUGAGAAUACUGAGGAAAAUCCCGAAAGUGAAGAGGCCUUUGAAAGCAGGGAUAGAGCAGAAAGACAAUGGGGAGAUCUAACAGCAGAAGAGUGGGUAAGCUAUCCUCUCCAACAAGUCACCGAUCUGCUUGUCCACAAAGAAGUCCACACAGGCAUCCGAUAUCACAUAUGUUCUCAUUGUGGAAAGGCUUUCAGUCAGAUCUCAGACCUUAAUCGACAUCAGAAAACCCACACUGGAGACAGACCCUAUAAGUGUUAUGAAUGUGGAAAGGGCUUCAGUCGGAGUUCACACCUUAUUCAGCAUCAAAGAACACACACUGGGGAGAGGCCCUAUGACUGUAAUGAGUGUGGGAAAAGUUUUGGAAGAAGCUCCCACCUCAUUCAGCAUCAGACAAUCCACACUGGAGAAAAGCCCCACAAAUGUAACGAGUGUGGGAAAAGUUUCUGCCGGCUGUCUCACCUAAUCCAGCACCAAAGGACCCACAGUGGGGAGAAACCCUAUGAGUGUGAGGAGUGUGGGAAAAGCUUCAGCCGGAGCUCUCACCUAGCUCAGCACCAGAGGACCCACACAGGCGAGAAGCCUUACGAGUGUAACGAAUGUGGGCGAGGCUUCAGUGAGAGAUCUGAUCUCAUCAAACACUAUCGAGUCCACACGGGGGAGAGGCCCUACAAGUGUGACGAGUGUGGGAAGAAUUUCAGUCAGAACUCUGACCUCGUGCGCCAUCGCAGAGCCCACACGGGAGAAAAGCCGUACCACUGUAAUGAAUGUGGGGAGAAUUUCAGCCGCAUCUCACACUUGGUUCAGCACCAGAGAACCCACACGGGGGAAAAGCCAUAUGAAUGUAAUGCUUGUGGGAAAAGCUUCAGCCGAAGCUCUCAUCUCAUCACACACCAGAAGAUUCACACUGGAGAGAAGCCCUACGAGUGCAAUGAGUGUUGGCGAAGCUUUGGUGAAAGGUCAGAUCUAAUUAAACACCAGAGAACCCACACAGGAGAGAAGCCCUAUGAGUGUGUGCAGUGUGGAAAAGGUUUCACCCAGAGCUCCAACCUCAUCACUCAUCAAAGGGUUCACACAGGAGAGAAGCCUUAUGAAUGUACCGAAUGUGAGAAGAGUUUCAGCCGGAGCUCAGCUCUUAUUAAACAUAAGAGAGUUCACACCGACUAAGUCCUGUAAUUAUGAUGACUGAGAAAUGAUUCAUUUGAAGGUACAAUUUUAUUGAUAUCAAAGAGCUCUCUCAAGACAGCUCUCUCUUGGAGCUGCUUUUACCAUACUGAGUUUCCUUGUUGUGGGCCACAGUUUAAAACGUCAAAGAAGACAAGCCACUUGAAAUUCUGACCCACAGCUUUGGGAAUGUUAUCCGCUCCUCCAAAAUAGUGAUUUUUAUUCACUCGAAUUACUUCCUCAAAAUCAGCCCCACGGGUAACUGGAAAUCUGAAGACCAGGAGAUGAAUGAUGAUAAAUUCUCAGGCCUGGAAAUGGAGUAAAUCUUUAAAAGUUCUUUCUCCUAUCCUUGGCCCAGAGAACUACGCUAGGGGAAAUAUUGGACUGUGAUAGGGUGGUCACAGCUGCUUUGGAAAAAGAAGCCAGAGACUUGGCCUGAAUUGCCACACCUAUUCACUCACCAUGGUAGUUUGGUACACACAUCUUCCCCUUCAAAGGGCUGUUUCCUUGAGUUGCUCAUGCGUUUGUAUCUUCCUGUCUUCCUGAGAGCAGGAUUCUUCUGCACAAUGAAGGCAAUGAUCAUAACUUUUCUCCUCAUUGUUUCUAAUUAACUUUUUUAAAGCUUGCAUCUUUGUGAAAGCUAACUGAAGAUACAGAUUGAAACAAAAAAUGAGAUACAGGUUUGGGGACCAAGGACUCAUCAGCGGUGGUGACUUUAGCAAGAGAUGUCCACUGUUAUUGCCAUUAAUCAUAAUUUAUUAAUUUUCUUUGGGGAUCACUGUAGGGAACAUUGUAGGGAAAAUAUCUUCAAGGAAAGAUAGGACCAUAAGUGAUGAUGGAGUGUAAGUGGAAUUGACCACUUCAGGGAAGGAGGCACAGAGUCCCUUCCCAAGGAACACAGGCCAUUUCUGUGUUCUUUCCCCUCUACCCUUUAAGAUCAAUUCUCCCUAUACUGCUAACUCUCGAAUUUGAUAAGGGCCACAUCCCAGUGUUUAUCUUAGCUUGCGUAAGGGCAUGUGUAUGUACAGUAAAAUGUGUGUUCCUGUGGUUUUUCCAAUAGCAGAAACUGAAUUCACACAGAAUUAGCAUGUUCUUGGGUGAUGUUGAUCAUGUGACAGAACUACACACGUAACUCCAAUAUGAGAAGUGUCCUUUGUUUUCAUUCUUUAUGAAAAAAAAUUUCAACAGUAGUGCUCUAGUGUGCACUCUCCUGUAAGAUCUGUGUUUGUACUGAACUAAGCACUUGUUUAUAUGUAUCAGUCGAUUGUGGGAGAUAUGACCAAAUAGGCUGAUUGUCCUGUUCUCAAACUGAAUUAUCUUCUCUUCGGCCUAGUCACAAGGACUUAAUAAACCUAGAUAGGAAUGUAUUUCGAUCCUUCCAGCCUACACAUAUAAGUGGUUAAAGUAAGAGUUGAACCAAUUUAAACCCAGUAGUGUCAGUUUUCCUUAUCACAGCCCAAAUAGAAAUUAAGAAAUAUCCCAAAUGUUGACGGUUAUCCAAGCAUCCAAGGAGAUGGGAGAAGGAAAGAAUUGAUGCCCAGGAGAUGGGACUGGAGUAAGGAUUUUUUUUUUUUGCGCGUGCCCCACGUUAUUUCUACUGUGCUUUAUUGUGAGUGUUGUAACAUUUGAAGAAUACUUUUGCCAUAGCUCUUUGGUACUUGGUGUUAAAGGAACCAGUGGUCUCUCUUGGGUGGUGUACUCUAGUGAGUUAUUAGGACCCACGGCUAUGUGGGACUGCAUCCCUUGCAAAUAACACAACCCCGAAAGUAACAAAAUAAAAAACCACUCCACCAAGGAGGUUUCUUUAUGUUGCCACUCCUAUUUAAAGACAAACUUGGGCAGGGAGCAUGUUUUCUGUUCUAUACAAAAUCUAGCUGACUGUGGGUAUUCCUAUUUUAAUUGUUGAGUGACUUACAUGUUCUUGAUGACUAAACUCAAAUAUGUCUUCUCGUAUCAGUGUUGCUGAUGGUUGCAGUGAAUAUCAGAGUUCUCCUGUUGUUUCUGGAUGCCACUACGGGCAUGAGCUUUGGAGUGGCCGUGGGAGACACCGUCUCCAUGACCCAACUGUAUUUCAUCCCCUUUUCCUUCCCUACUCUCCUGCCCCACCCUAGCCUGUUCCUGCUGCUGCUUUUGGCUUCUAAAUGCCCCAGCCAUCUCUCCAUACAUCUACACUCCAGCUGAGAAGUUAAGAGGGCUAGGGCCAGACCAGCUCAGUCUCCUCUCUUUCUGCCAGUUGCUGCCCAUUUGCUGUGCUGAACUUUGUGUAGAAGUCAGGCAUUGGACUCUCUUUGCUAAUGCUUUUUGCAUGCCUUCUGCUCCCAAGUCGCUGCUGCUUCUGCACAUCCCCUGAACACUUUGUGCCUGUUUUCUAUGGUUGUGGAGAGUGAGUGAACAAGUAAGUAUGUAGAGCAGUUUUCCUUAUGGUAUUGGUCACAGUUAUCCUAGUGUCUAUCUACAUCUGUAUUAUUCUAAUAAUAUUCUAUAAUUAAAAGUAUAAUUUUUAAAAUCAAAAAACUGAGAAUUAUUUUAGUAAUCCAGCACUGGUUCAUAAAAUGUCUUUUCAUCAGAUUCAUUAAAAUUGGGCACAAUUGUCUUUACACGGAUGCAUUUGUACAGAUGUUCUUGUGGAAAUUUGGAAGUACAGUGUGUCUUCACACAUUAGUGGGCUCUCUGGAUAUUGCCAUAUUUUGGGGAGAUGCAAAAACUGGACAGUUUCCUAUGAAUAUUAGGCUGGAGGCAAAGCAAUGUGGAAAUAUUUGGUAUGGGUGAUUCAUUGGCUUUGGAGAAUGAAAAAAAAAGACAACAACAGAAAACAACCACAUCCAAGAAGAAAAAUGAGAGGAGGCCUUGUUGCUUUAAGGAGAUUAUUUUUGAGUAUCUGUUAAGAGUACUAAAACAAUUUCUACGGAGCUGGUAUUGGGAUCCCAGAACAGAGAUACUCUUAGAAACAGUCAAAAGCUCUCUAUUCAUGACAUAAUUGCACAGUCUGCCUAAGGCAGUGAUUUGAUUCUGUGCUACCAGGGUGUGGCCACAAUUUUCAAAUUACUUACAAGUAAUUUUCUCUUAUGAAGCCCUUUUUUUAAAUGGAGAGCCAGUCUAGGCAGAGGUGGGUAGUGGAAGAGCUUUAAAUUGGGAAAAAAUGCAAAUAGCAAAGAAAAAAUUUCAUUAACCCAAUAGCCAAGACUUGGAAAAGAAAAAGAUAUUAUCAAAACAUUUUUUAAAACUCUUUUUCUCCUUUCUACAUGUUCAGCAUUUUUUAUUUCUUGAGAAGGAAAGUUCAAGGAAAAUGCUGGUUCAUCUGGAGAAAUUCACCUGCAGCCUCCCCUCUAAGGGUAUUUGAUAUGUUAAUAUUUCGCCAUUGUUAUAAGGGUAGCAGGUUUCCUUCUGUGUGAGCUGUUCUCUAGGAGGCUAACAGUUGGUAGCGCUGUGCUUCCAGGCCAUUAGGACACCACUGAGCGCAGUGAAAUGAUAAUUUGUUAAAUGGUUCCCUAGUGUUUCAAAAGUUAGUGUUGUUCGAAAAGGAGUUCCUGUGCCCUGGGAGAAAGGGACUCUUUGAAGCCUUGGUUAGAUGCCCAUCUCUGCUGAGGAGUAGCAGGCUUGGCCUCUUAUCUACAGGAGACUUCAAGAUAAAAGGUCGUUAGUGGAAAACAAUUGGGGAGUAAAAUUAAUAGAAGAAAACUACCCUGUAAUGACCUAAAAUUGUUUUGUAGCUAAUCCUGUUGUAUUAUCUGUUUUCCUGAAUGCUUGUGUCAUUUUCAGCUUCUCCAAAAGUGGUUUUGUUUUUCCUUCUGGGAGAGAUUGAGGCCGAUGACAUCAGAAUCUCACUUUGAGUUUCACACCAUCCCCUCCAGCUGCCUUGUGAACGUCUCCACUUGGAAAUUACCCCCAGGCACCUUGAAAUCCAACCCCACGCUGAAUUGACCUGACCACUUUUUUCCACUACUGCCCGCCUGCUUCUCCUGCAUUUCCUAACUCCGUCAUUGCCUAGGUAUCCAAGCUAGAAAAUUGCCUAUCGUACUGGACAACAACUGCUCCUUUGGCCAACCUCCCAAAAUCAACAAUAUAAGUAAAAAUAAUGAAAAUUAA